CGCAGCCCGCCCGUGGGGUGCGCGGAGCCUGGCGGCGGCGAGGACCCGCAGGCGCGCGACGAGGAGCCCGGAGCCCUGGGUCCCGCUCUGGGUCCCGAAGAGGACGGCGCCCGUGCCACGGGCAAGGGGCGCUGGACGCGGGCGGCACCAGUGGCUUCGCGGGCGCAGGUCUCGCUCAUCAGCACGUCGUUCGUGCUCAAGGGGGACGCGACACACAACCAGGCGAUGGUGCACUGGACGGGCGAGAACAGCAGCGUGAUCUUGAUCCUGACGAAGUACUACCAUGCAGACAUGGGGAAGGUUCUGGAAAGUUCUCUGUGGCGGUCCUCAGAUUUUGGGACAUCCUACACCAAGCUUACCCUCCAGCCUGGUGUCACUACUGUCAUCGACAACUUCUACAUUUGCCCGACCAACAAGAGAAAGAUCAUCCUGCUGAGCUCUUCACUCAGCGACCGUGACCAGAGCCUCUUCCUCAGCACCGAUGAAGGCGCCACCUUCCAGAAGCAGCUCAUCCCCUUCUUUGUGGAGACUCUGAUUUUCCACCCCAAGGAAGAAGACAAGGUCCUGGCCUAUACCAAGGACAGCAAGCUGUACAUGUCAUCUGACUUGGGGAAGAAGUGGACACUUCUGCAGGACCGAGUGACCAAAGACCACGUGUUCUGGGCUGUGUCUGGGGUGGACACUGAUCCCGACUUGGUCCACAUGGAGGCCCAGGACAUUGGAGGAGGCUUUCGGUACAUCACCUGCCAGAUCCACAACUGCUCUGAGAAGGCGCUGACUGCCCCGUUUGCAGACCCCAUUGACCACGGCUCUCUGACCGUGCAGGAUGAUUACAUCUUCUUUAAGGCAACGUCGGCAAAUCGAACCAAAUACUACGUCUCCUAUCGCCGCAACAAGUUUGUACUGAUGAAGCUGCCCAAGUAUGCAUUGCCAAAGGACCUGCAGAUCAUCAGCACGGACGAGAACCAGGUGUUCGUGGCGGUGCAGGAGUGGUACCAGGUGGACACCUACAACCUGUACCAGUCAGACCCGCGUGGUGUGCGCUACGCGCUGGUGCUGCAGGACGUGCGCAGCUCGCGGCAGGCCGAGGAGAGCGUGGUCGUCGAUAUCCUGGAGGUCAGAGGGGUGAAAGGAGUCUUUCUAGCAAACCAAAAAAUUGAUGGGAAGGUGAUGACGCUUAUAACCUACAACAAGGGCCGCGACUGGGAUUACCUGCAACCACCCAGCAUAGACAUGAAUGGAAAACCCACCAACUGUAAGCCUCCAGAUUGCCACCUGCACCUGCACCUGCGCUGGGCAGACAACCCCUAUGUCUCAGGCACUGUGCACACCAAGGACACUGCCCCAGGCCUCAUCAUGGGCGCAGGUAACCUGGGCUCACAGCUGGUGGAGUAUAAAGAAGAAAUGUACAUCACGUCGGACUGCGGGCGCACCUGGCGGCAGGUGUUCGAGGAGGAGCAUCACAUCCUUUACCUGGACCAUGGCGGUGUGAUCGUGGCCAUUAAAGACACUUCCAUCCCCUUGAAGAUCCUCAAGUUCAGCCUGGACGAGGGCCUCACGUGGAGCACCCACAACUUCACCAGCACCUCAGUGUUUGUGGAUGGGCUGCUGAGUGAGCCAGGGGACGAGACUCUGGUCAUGACCGUCUUUGGGCACAUCAGCUUCCGCUCGGACUGGGAGCUUGUCAAGGUGGACUUUCGGCCCGCAUUCUCCAGGCAGUGCAGUGAGGAAGACUACAGCUCCUGGGACCUCACCAACCUCCAGGGCGACCACUGCAUCAUGGGCCAGCAGAGAAGCUUCCGGAAAAGAAAGCCCAUGUCCUGGUGCAUCAAGGGGAAGAGCUUCACAUCAGCGCUCACGUCCCGUGUGUGUGAGUGCCGGGACUCUGACUUCCUCUGUGACUACGGAUUUGAGCGCUCCCCUUCCUCAGAGUCUGAAGCCAACAAGUGCUCUGCUAACUUCUGGUUUAACCCAUUGUCCCCACCUGACGACUGUGCCUUGGGCCAGACCUACACCAGCAGUCUGGGGUAUCGGAAGGCAGUUUCCAACAUGUGCAAGGGUGGUGUGGACCUGCAGCAGAACUCAGUUCAGCUCCAGUGCCCCCUCACGCCACCCCGGGGCCUGCAGAUCAGCAUCCUCGGUGAUGCAGUGGCCGUGCGACCUGCAGAGGAUGUCCUGUUCAUUGUGCGGCAAGAGCAGGGUGAUGUUCUAACCACCAAGUACCAGGUGGACCUUGGGGACGGCUUCAAGGCUAUGUAUGUGAACCUCACACUGACUGGAGAGCCCAUCCGGCACCGCUAUGAGAGCCCCGGCAUCUACCGUGUGUCUGUCAGGGCAGAGAAUAUGGCUGGGCAUGAUGAGGCAGUGCUCUUUGUCCAGGUCAACUCCCCCCUGCAGGCCCUCUACCUAGAGGUGGUUCCUGUCAUUGGCAUCAACCAGGAGGUGAACCUCACAGCUGUGCUGCUGCCCCUGAACCCCAACCUCACUGUCUUCUACUGGUGGAUAGGCCAUAGUUUGCAGCCCCUCCUGUCCCUAGAUAAUUCUGUGACGACACGGUUUCCAGACAUGGGCGAGGUGCGUGUGACGGUGCAGGCUGCCUGUGGGAACUCAGUGCUGCAGGACUCCAGGGUCAUCCGUGUGCUGGAUCAAUUUCAGGUUGUGCCCCUGCAGUUUUCCAAGGACCUAGAUGCUAACAACCCCAACACGCCUGAGUGGAGGGAAGACGUGGGCCUAGUGGUCACCCGGCUGCUCUCCAAGGAAACCAGUGUCCCUGAGGAGCUGCUCGUGACCGUGGUGAAGCCAGGGCUGCCCACCAUGGCUGAUCUGUAUGUGCUUCUGCCCCCUCCCAGGCCCACCAGGAAGAGAAGCCUCACAAGUGACAAGAGACUCAUGGCCAUCCAGCAGGUGCUAAAGGCACAGAAGAUCAGCUUCCUCCUGCGGGGUGGGGUCCGGGUCCUGGUGGCUCUAAGGGACACAGGCACAGAGUCUCAGCGGCUGGGAGGCGGCGGCGGCUACUGGGCAGUGGUGGUGCUCUUCAUCAUCGGGCUCUUUGCAGUGGGAGCGUUCAUCCUCUACAAGUUCAAAAGGAAACGCCCAGGCAGGACCGUGUACGCCCAGAUGCAUAACGAGAAGGAACAGGAAAUGACAAGCCCCGUGGGUCACGGCGAGGACGUCCAGAGCGUCAUCCAGGGCAACCACUCUGGUGUGGUCCUGAGCAUCAACUCCCGCGAGAUGCACAGCUACCUGGUGAGCUGA